AUGUCAUUGCCACGCCUCACACCAAGCAGCCUCUUUGGAGCUGUCAGAGCCUUGCCACUGGCCGCUCGUUCCUCGGCAGGCCUGCCAGCUCGCCAUCCCCUCUCCACCUCCUCACGCCGACAGGCGUCAGUGGCAAGCACCGACCCAUCCGAAAUCGCCUCCUCGUCUUCUUCCUCUUCGCAGCAUCGCCAAGACGGAAGGACGCCUCUGCAGGCCAGAAAGGCGCAGAAUGUGAAGCCUCAGGAUCGGAGAUCGGCAAUUGAGGAUGCAAAGGAGCGCAAAUUUAGACAGUAUGAGAAGAUGCUCAAGGCCAAGGCUGCACAGGAGGGAGUCUCAUCGAUAGAAGAGCUGGCUGCCAAGCGUCGAGCCGAGCGAGACGCCAGCCUCGCUGCGACUUUGGGCCUCAAGCCUCCAGCGCCUGCCUCGACUAAGACGGAGCAACGGGAUGCCGAUCUUGCCGCCCGGAUUCGUGAGAGGGCAGAGGCAGAGGCGAAGCGCAAGUUGGAGUCAGGCGAGCUCAACAGCAAUCCCAACGGCGACAAGAGCCCUAUCAAGCCCCUCUCGUCUAUCCUGGAUCUGCAUAAGCUCAAGGACGAGCCGGCGGAGAAGAUUCGGGACCUUUGGACUGGAUAUCACACGAUCAAGAACAAGCUCUCGGCCGUGAUCCCUACAGAGGUGUACGAGAGGCUAGUACGCAACGCAAAGCAAUACCCUCAAUUCGUGCUGCCUCUGCCAAGGACGAUCGUUGGCUCUGAGUCGGAUCAGAACAUUGCCCCUGGGGAGCAAAAGCAGGGGUAUGAGAUGCAAUUCAUGGAGUGGGGAUUCCUGCCUCCUCCACCCCCGCCUCCUUUCUCCCCAGCGGACAACAAGCACGCUUCUCCUCCACCGACGACGGUGCUCUUCACUCCUCUUGCUGAAUACAAGUUGCGUCAGGAGUUCGCCCAGCCCCUGCUUGUGCUUACGCACUACACGGAUCUGGCUAGGGACAAGGGCAUUGUUCUUAUGCGCGGCGAUAUUACCUCGAGCGAGGAGGUUGCUGCUGCGCCCAUGGGAGUCGUAGCUGCCGAGCAAGCCAAGGCGCGUGGUGCCUCUGAGGAGGAGGUGCAGCGCCUGAGGGACGCACCUGUUCAAACGCAGGCAUUGCAACAAGGUAGCGAAAGUGGUGGAGAAGCGGCAGGGAGAAUGAGCGAAAAGGACGCUCAGCUACUGGCUAUGACCAUGCAGCGCUUCUACCUCCCUGCUACUUCGUCUUCGACCAGCAGUAGCUCAUCGACAAAGAGCGGUGACGCCUCGGCGCUGGAGCGUGAGAGGCUAUUGCGUGAUUUCCACGAGGACAAGGAGGCAUUCAGUGUACAGAAGCUCUGCGAAGUUGCUUUCACUUUCUAG